AUGAGAUUGAGUGUGAUGUGUAUUGGGUGUUCCCUGGUGGCUCGCUUGGGUUUGGAUCGAUUGAAAUUUACUUCUAAUCUCAACAUUGAAAAUGAUCCAACUUGGCAUCUUCCUCUUAUCGGUCGACCCACUUUGAAAUCAACUCAAACUUCUCCUUCUCUAAGUUUUCUAAGACAUUCAAAUCCAACCGUUCGAUUAUCGGGUUCAUUACCUUCUAUCAUUCUUACUACAACUCAAAAUAAUCUUUUAGCAGCUCUCAAUCCUCGUAAUGGUUCAAUAAUUUGGAGAUUAGUACUUCCUACGAAAGAACCUAUUCUCCGACAUGCUGUAAACUUGGAUCACAAAUUGAUUGGACUGGUAUCAGGAGACAAAGCUACAACAACAAUCAGGUUACUCACACUUAAUCAAGGCCGAGUUCUAUGGGAGCGACAUAUUCAAAAAGCUGGAGAUGAAAAGACGGGAUCCUCAGAUAAUUCAUCUCAUAACCUCGUUGACUUGAUCUUCAGUACCGAUCAACACUCUCCAGAAGCCUCAAAGCCUGAUCUCAUUGUCGCUUGCUGGGGUCAAAAAGUUCUUAGACUGAAGGGUAAAAGUGGAGAGGUACGAUGGACAUGGUCAUCGGAUUCACCGAACAGCUCAGUGGCCCGUUUGCUUGUAUAUCCUUCAUCAAUCCCACAAAUUGAAAGUUUGAGUUUCAAGAAUCUACCUGAUGGUACUUACGAGACCCAUAUCAGUACUUUAUCAAGUUUAGAAGGACAUCUUCAAUCUACUCGAACUCAGUCUAAAUUUCAAUGUCGAAAAACACCUGAAGGACCUCUUCUCCUUAACAUUCCGUCUACCUCACUACACGCAAUAGUUUGUGUUAAUCCUGAUGGAAAACUUUCUUCUGUACAAAUUGGACCCGUUCAGCAAUCGGAAUCUGAUUCUUCUAAAGCUUUAAAGCUUUCCUCCUAUUCUGAACCUGAUCAGAAUGAUGCGCCCAUACUUCAAGAUAUUGGCUUAGCUCAUCACGGUAUCUUUUUGGCUAGGUUUGGAAAUGGACAUGCGACUGUAUUACGUAUGACAGAAGACGGUUCUUUGAAAUCUGCUUGGCAAUUUGCUGAUGAAGUUUCAGAUGCUGCCUUCGCAGGAGCCAUUGAUCGAGAUGGUCUACCAUACGUCUCAAGAACCUUCUAUGCUAAAUCACUUGCUCUAGGCAAUUUUGAAAUCGUUGCAUUGACACCUACUGAAUUUACUCCUGAUGGAAUCACGACUGGACUUACUUUCAACCAUGAUCAAGUUGAAAAUGGAAAAAUAUCACAAAUCGUUGUAGAAGUACUUGAAACUAAAAACUAUGUACCUUAUUCUAGAUCAUUAAUGGUCACUGAAUUAGGUACAAUUCAAUUAUGGCAAGGAGCUGAACUAAAAUGGGAAAGACAUGAAGAUUUAAGUGAAGUAGGUGCUAUUGUACCUUAUCAAGCUUCUAAAGGAGAUAUUUCACUUUUAGGUGUUACUCCUUCAAAUUUAUUGCAAUAUGCUCUUCAAGCUGUCAAGGAAAGUUUGGCAGACUUUUUGGAUAUGAAGAUAGUUAGAUCUAAUUCAGUUUCAAAAACAAAUUCUGAAAGGGUUUGGUUUAUUGGUACUUCAACUGGAAGGCUUUUUGCAAUUAAAGAUGGAGCUGAUCAAAUUGGAAAGAUUUUAUGGAAAAAAACUAUACUUGGAUCUGGUUCUGAAAGUGUUCAGUGGAAGAAAUUAGGAGUUGUUCAUCAUGAAUUGGAGGGUUCUAAAUUUGUUUUGGAUACUGCUUUGUCUUGUGAUGGGGAGGAAUCAUUGGCAGUCAAGGCUCGCGUUGACUUGCUUGAAGGUCGGGCUUUGUUCAAAUACCAUAAUCCGAACCUGGUUGUUGAACUUAAUGAAGAAAGUGGAUCCAGGACAAUAGAAGUAUCCGAUCAGCACACAGGUUCAUUGGUAUGGUCGUUUGAGAUGGAAAGUGGGGUCGAUACAUCUUCGAUCUUAGGAUCGUUAACAGAAAAUUGGCUAGUACUUGCAGCCCAAGAUGACUCGAUGGAUGGGAUGACACGAUUGUAUUCGAUUGAAUGGUAUAUGAGCUCAAAAGCUGAUAUUAGAGUAGAUGGGUAA